CAAUUUUGAUCUAACAAAUGCAACACUGAUGAACACAUUACACAUCUUACCCACCUUAAAAAUACCAGCUGGGUAUGAAUUUCAUAGCUAUAUCUUGAUUUUGAUUUGUAAUCUCACACGCACUGCGACAUCUAAAUCAAAUCAAUGGUGCUGUUUUGUUUUGUGUUUUUUUUUUUUUUUUUCUCGCGAAGAUAACGGUGCUGUCUCUCCCCCGUGUGGAAAGCUCAGGCAAGCUCUUAUAAGUGGAGUUGGGCAGUUCACAAAAGUAAUUUGGUCAUUUUCACAGCCCUUAAUAACCCAGUAACUCCAUCAGCACCUUCUCUGUCUGAUUAUCAGUGCUCUGUCAGACCGCGCAGUGAGAUACAGAUGCGCUUUUACGCACGACUCCGCGUAACACAGAGAGCUGCUUGAUGGCCAGGACUGCGGGUGUUCAGUGCUAAGCUGUAAAAUGAAUAGGCUACUCAAUUCAUUUGCAAAGUUGAAUCGAAAACUGUCUCUUAUUUUAGCUCCCACAUGUGAGUGGAGUUCGACACUGAAGUCGAUUUUACGCGGAAAUGUUCCAAGAGUUUGCCCAAUGCAUUCAUAAUAAAGUUAGUAAGAGAAACAACUAACUCGCUUGUUUUUAAUUACUUGUAACCAAACCUACAUGUUCAAGCUCACUGCUCAGUGCAUCAAGGUCCAGUUUGCGCAGAACAUCCCCGUUCCUCUUCAACAGGAUGGAUCAGAUUCUUUUUGGGUGGGCACUUUCUGCCCCUCCUCUGGAAACUGACGAAAUCGUGGGUGGACAUGGAAUUUGAACUUGCUGCCGGCUCAUGUCUCCAGUCUUUUCGUGGGCACCAGGGAAAGAAAGAGCACUGCAGUCUGCUGCUCACUAUUGGAGCAUCAGAGAUACUAGCACUUUUUUUUUUAAACGAUUGCAUUUGGAGGAUCAGGAAUAGCCAAGACUGCCUUCAGGAAAAAAACUGAGAUGUUGGACGUUAAGCACAUCCUCUGGUUGGUCUGUGCCUGCAGCGCUGCUGUUACCAAAGAUGACUCUGCUCGUAGGAUGAGGGUGAUGAUUUCUCCAGUGAGGGGCUCGCUGGCCGAGCAGGUGGUCCUGCCCUGCUAUUUCUCCAUCCUCCCGCCUCCUACCGGCAGCUCCAGCACCUCCACCACUGCAGCCAAGUCCCCCAGCUCCCACCCAGACCAUCUCCGCAUCAAGUGGACUAAACUCGUGGGAGAUGAGGAAACCGUAGUGAUAGUGACCCAGAAUGGGUUCCUGAAGAUCGGGCCGGAGUUUAAAGGCAGGGUAUCGAUUCCCAGCCACUUUGAAGACGUGGGCAACGCAUCUCUGACCAUAGAGAGGCUCAGGGCCAGUGAUGCGGGCGCUUACCGCUGCGAGGUCAUGCACGGCAUUGAAGACACUCAAGACUCCGUCUACCUGAAUGUCAGCGGUGUUGUGUUUCAUUACCGCUCCAGCACCAGUCGCUACACUCUAGAUUUCGAGCGAGCCAAGCAGGCUUGCAUGGAUGUGGACGCCACCAUCGCCACCGCCGAGCAGCUUUAUUCUGCCUACGAGGACGGAUUUGACCAGUGCGACGCCGGGUGGCUGGCCGACCAAACCGUCAGAUACCCCAUAACAAGGCCACGUGAAGGCUGUCACGGCGAUAUGGUUCUGAGGCCAGGAGUCAGGUCAUACGGACUCCGAAACUCCUCUGAAACGUAUGAUGUGUACUGCUAUGUAGGGAAACUGCAAGGUGAGGUGUAUUUCACUGCUGCUGAUGCUGGGUUGACUCUAGCUGAGGCCAGGGAGGAGUGCGAGAGACAGGACGCAGUUUUAGCGUCUCCAGGUCACCUGCAUGCAGCCUGGAGGGCCGGCUUGGACCGCUGUGACUUCGGCUGGCUGUCUGACGGAAGCGCCCGCUACCCCAUCUCUGUACCCAGAAUGCAGUGCGGCAAAGGACAGAUGGGUGUGAGGACUAUGUACCGCUUCAGAAACCAGACCGGAUUUCCCUUACCGAGCGAGAAGCUGGGUGCUUUCUGUUUUAAAGGAUGGGAUCCCACAACUGUACCCCCAGCUGGACCAACAACACCUCCAGUUAUCUUAGACAGCCAUCUACUCUCUUCCCUUAAAGCAGUCUCUUCUGUGCCAGCCCAUGGCACCACAGAAGAGCCACCAUCCAUGUUCUCUGCAAGCAUGGCUCCACGUGAUAGAGCCACUCCUGAAACGUAUGCCUUUGCUGAAGCCAUUGCUGUUGUACCAACUGAAGCUGAGAGAAUUUUGGAUAUGGAAACCAAAAUAUUUAAUGACUAUGAAAACACAGACAGCUCCUUGGUGCAAGGGGUACCCCAUGAUAUAGAUAACUACUUUGCUGUCCAGCUACCCUCAGCUACACCUACCACACCUGAAAUGCCACAUUAUUCAGAUUCAGUCUCUUCUAUGCCAGCCCAUGGCACCAGAGAAGAGCCACCAUUCAUGUUCUCUGUAAGCAUGGCUCCACACGACAGAGGUGCUCCUGAAGCAAAUCCCUCUGCUGAAGCCAUUGCUGUUGUGCCAACUACAGCUGAGACGGUUUUGGAUAUGGAAACCACACCAGUCCCUACUACACCUGGAAUGCCCCAUUAUUCAGAUUCCUUCUUCUCUAUCCAUCUUCCCCGUCAGCCCACCGCAGGGAACAUGCAUCCUGGGAUGGAUACUCCACAUGGGGGAGACAAUGGUGUGGAGGGUAGCAGCAGUGGUGACACGGACACUUCUGAGAGUGUGAUUCCUACUUCACCUGUGUUUACUACAGACUUGCAAGGAGAUCCUGACAAGCCAAAAAUUGUGUACAAAGAGGAUGAAACCACAGCAAACAUGACUGAAGGAAGUCUGGAGUCCACUUUGCUAACCCCAGAUUUAAGUGAAGUGAACUUGCACAGCCAGCAGAAUGACACCAAGAAGGAUGUUGACUUUCCACUGGGCAUUAAUGUGUUCGUAUACAACAUUACACAGGGAAAGUCAUCAGUUAAUGCUGUUGAUGAUGAAGGAGUUGCUGCUGUUCUAAAAUUCAUUGAAGAAUCAAGAGUUUCUGCUGGUGUUGAAAAUGAGCCACCUUUAGUGGAGACCUUUAGUGGAGACCUAAUAGGUGAAACAUCAGCUUCUGUUACCAUCACCCCAAAAGUGAGUUUCGUUAAUGGAAAGCACGAGUUGACUCUGAAACCAGACACUGACCAAACUCUGGAAGCUAGAGGAGACCAGUUUGACACUGCUAUCCCACCAACAGAAAAAAACAUCCCAGAUAAUGAGAUAGAAAUACUUAAGGAGGAUGCUGAAGGCACCACAUCUUCCCCUGAAACAGACGUAUCUGGCUCAAUGGCCACAAGCCCAACUGAGCCUCCUUUCUCACCAAAGAGCUUGGAAAGUAUAACCAUGACAGAGCUACCCACAUUUUCAACCAAAUCUCCAAGCCAGGAAAUGACCCCACAAACCUUAUCAUUUAGCAAGCAUGAAGAAGGUUCGGGGUUGCACACAACAGAUGAUGAAGAGGAACUGACCACCUUGGAAGGUUCUGCUGAUGACACAGCUGAACCAACUAAUGGCCCAUAUGAGGUGGCUACCGAUGAGACUGAAAUAGCUGAAACAGGGAAGACUAUAACAGCAUUUGGGGUUGACUGCAAUACCAAAGGACCAAUUGUCACAACAACAGAAGCCAGCAUUGUAGAAAUUAAGGAAACAGAGAACAGAGAAAUGAAACCAGAAACAGAAGAUUUUGAGGGCUCAACCUCCACUGAAGACGAGGGCUCAGGACCAGAUAUAUAUGCAACAGAAGAAUCAAAACACACAACUUUAUCUCCAUCUUUCACUGUAUCAUCUCACAGCUUUAUAAGUUCCUUAACAAGUACUCAUCCCAUAGAUCCAAGGCAACCUGUUAGUUUAGCUUCGCCCAGUAUAGAGCCUACGAUUCGGGUGGUUUCAACAGAGGCAAUCUCAGAAGAAAGCACUCCUUAUAUUACACACUCGGAGAAAGACCAAGACACAAGUACAACUAAAAAUCCUUUAUUGGUGCCUGAUAUUGAAAAAGAUGUAACUACAAUCUUCACCAUCUCUGACGACAUUAGCUCUGGUGAUCAGCCAACUGAAGCAUUCACAAAACAGCCUUUCUCUGGAACUACUGUUCCAUCUCUUCUCAUUCAACAAACUGAAGAAAUGAGCGUUGGUGCAUAUGAUAAAGCAACUGAAGUAUUUGAAGGUUCUGCUGAAGACACAACACCAUUGAUUUUCAUUAGUGUCCUAACCCAAACAAAAUUCACUACCCAAAGUUCAGAAACCACCAUUCUGCCCACGGAUAGUCUUAGAGCAGUAAUGUCUUCCUCCCAAGAAACUGUUCUAAUCCAAAAAACACCUUCAGAAGAGGCAACAACCUCAGUGCAGUCAUCGGGGACUUCAGGUUCACAAGAGACUGAUCUAAUCCAAGAAUCACCUUCAGAAGUCACAACCACCUCAGUGCAGUCGUCGGGGACUUCUGAUUCACAAGAGACCGAUCUAAUCCAAGAAUCACCUUCAGAAGAGACAACCACCCCAGUGCAGUCAUCGGGGACUUCAGGUUCACAAGAGACCGAUCUAAUCCAAGAAUCACCUUCAGAAGAGACAACCACCCCAGUGCAGUCAUCGGGGACUUCAGGUUCACAAGAGACCGAUCUAAUCCAAGAAUCACCUUCAGAAGAGACAACCACCCCAGUGCAGUCAUCGGGGACUUCAGACUCUCAAAAAAUGGUUCUGAUCCAAGAAUCAACUUCAGAACAGAGUAACACCUCAGUGCAGUCAUCGGGGACUUCAAUCUCCCAAGAAACUGUUCUGAUCCAAGAAUCACCUUUAGAAGAGACUAACACCUCAGUGCAGUCAUCGGGGACUUCAGGCUCCCAAGAAACUGUUCUUUUCCAAGAAUCACCUACAGAAGAGACAACCACCUCAGUGCAGUCGUCUGGGACUUCAGACUCCCAAGACACUGUUCUGAUCCAAGAAUCACCUUCAGAAGAGACAACCACCUCUGUGCAGUCAUCAGGGACUUCAGGUUCCCAAGAAAGUGAUCUAAUCCCGAAAUCACCUGCAGUAGAGACAACCACCUCAUUGCAAUCAUCAGAGACUUCAGAAGAGAUAACACAAGAAUUAUCACUUUCUACAUUUGGAUUCUCAACUGAGAAAUCUCUCACCUCAUUUACCCAAGUUUCCAGUUAUCCCACCACCAGUGUUGCUACAGACUUAAAUGUGAAAGAGUCAGUUCAGGUCUUGGAUAGGGCAACUACUUCUGCUAAAGAUGAUGUUUUCACCACCCCCAAAGCCACAAGUACUGUUGCAUUUGAAGAGAAUGGUGUAGAUUAUGAAGAUGUGUUGGGUUCUUCAAUUGUUGAAGGACAACCACCAUCCAGGGAAGGGUUCACCACAAGGAAACCAGAAAUCUGGACAGAUUCCAGCUACACUGUUGAGAGCCGUAUGGAGGAUUUGCAAGGUUUCACACUUUGCUCUGUCAGUGUGUGUGAAAAUGAUGGAACUUGCUAUUCGAAUGGAAAAAGAAACAUAUGUGUCUGCAUGCCUGGAUACAGUGGGGAACAUUGUGAAAAUGACGUUGACGAAUGUCAGUCAAACCCUUGUCGCAAUGGAGGAACAUGCAUUGAUGGGUUAAACACUUUCAGUUGUGUCUGUCUGCCCAGCUAUUCAGGACCCCUCUGUGAGCAAGAUACGGAGGUUUGUGACUUUGGCUGGCACAAGUUUCAGAGUCACUGCUAUAAGUACUUCACACACCGGCGGACAUGGGAAGCAGCGGAAAGAGAGUGCCGUCUUCAGGGUGGCCACCUCACCAGUGUCCUGUCCCAUGAAGAGCAGCUCUUUGUUAAUCGUUUGGGACAUGACUAUCAGUGGAUCGGAUUGAAUGAUAAAAUGUUUGACAAUGAUUUCCGCUGGACUGAUGGACAUCCUAUGCAAUUUGAGAACUGGAGAGCGGGUCAGCCGGACAGCUUCUUCUCCUCAGGCGAGGACUGCGUUGUGAUGAUCUGGCAUGAGAGCGGCCAGUGGAACGACGUGCCAUGCAAUUACCACCUGACCUUCACUUGCAAGAAGGGCACAGUGUCCUGCGGUCAGCCUCCUGUCAUAAAGGACGCCCAUAUCUAUGGCAGCAUGAAGGCGCGCUAUGAGAUCAACUCUCUGGUCAGGUACCACUGCAAGGACGGCUUCAUCCAAAGACACGUUCCCACUAUCAGAUGCCAAGAAGAUGGCCACUGGAACAAGCCUAAAAUCACAUGCUUGAAUCCAUCUACCUACCAGAAGAUGUAUGCACACAAAUAUCAAAACAAUAACUAUUACAACAACAGUAAGAGACGCUACAGUGAGUCGACGCAGUACCGUCAAGGCUGGUCAAAAACAGCAGAUGAUUCCAGACACUGAUCUCCAUCCAGAGCUACAGAUGCUUCACAUCUACAGAGAAGGUCUAAAGGGGUGAAGCCAAACCAUGUGCCUGAUGAAUGUUUUAGAGCUGAGAAGUGAAUUCCCCUGAGGGACUGCAACAAAACACCACCACCCACCCACUGAGAGUGUACUUUGACUAUGCAACGGUCAGCAUUGCAUAUUGUAAUAAUGUUUCAAUUUUUUGACAUGGGGAGGGGGUUUCUGGUUGAAAUGUAUAUAGUAGAGAUAAUGAACAAGUAAAAACAGCUGUGAAUGGUGACUGUUAUUUGGUUUAAUCCAUUUUGUUUAUGAAGAACUGGAUUUCCUGUUCUCUCUGGCACAAUAAGAGAGCACUAUGGUACGAGCAGAGUAUAAACAGAACAAUUACAGUACGCAAGAGUAAAAGAACAAUAGGCAUUAUGUUGUUCACAUUGUGGUGAGGGGGGUUCAAAAGAGAUGUCACGGGGCUGGAGGACAAACAAUGCUGAAAGGACUCAUGACUGGAACACAAAUCUUCAACAUCGUCUUCCCCGGCAGCAUCCUCACUGUUUGUGAGGAUUGCUCAGAUAACAUCAAACCAUUGUACACUCUCAUAAUCAUAUUCUCAUAUGGCUUCAAAAUAUAUAUAUUUCUUUUUUUUUUCUCUCUUUUUUUUUUUUUUUUUUUAUAUGUGGGUUUGUAAUAUAACCAUUUUUACUUUUUUAUAUGAAUGUCAUGGUAAAAUAUGAAAAUAUGAAUACUGUAUGUGUGGUUGAAUGAACUAGCAUUUCUGUCAAACAUUAUUACAAAUGUUACAUGAAGCCAUAGAAGUUUAAUUUAUUGCUGAAGAUACAUAUAACGAUGAAUGAACUGUGAGAUUUUGAAAUAAUAAAGCGCUAUUAGAAUAUUAUGAACACGUU